AUGAGACGUACCAAAACCAUCCAGCGAACUGUUCAAUUCUCGCUUAUCUUAUUUCUCAUAUGCUUGAUCGUCACUCAACUAUAUGGGAAUUCCAUUACUACCAGCUUGAGACUUGAUUUUGAUUCUGGUGCUAAAGAAUAUGAAAUACAGAAUGUCGUUACCGAUGGCGAUAAUUUGUUGAGCUACGACAUUGCAAUAUCAUCACCAACUUUUAUCGAUACUUCUAUCGAGGAUGUGCUUAAGAAGCUUUUGAAAGAAAUCAAGACAGACGGGUACCUUAAAGAUCAAUACCUGGAAUUCAUAUUAGAUGAUCUCAAGAAGAAUAUAAAAGAUAGGGAUUGGAUCCAUACCCAUUGGUUCCAAUUAUCUGGGUCGUCUGUAUGGUUAGAAUCAAAUGAAGUUUUCUUUUAUGUAUCGAGGAUCAUUUAUUCACCUGGAGGCGAAAAGAAUAAUCCUUUGAUUUCCAUUUCUUAUGUACAAUUGUUUGAUAAGAAUUGGAAGGAAGUCAAGUCUCUGAUGGCAACCAGUUCCUCAUAUCCUCGUUUCCUUAAGAUACCGUUUAGUAAAGUUCAAGGGAAACUGACGAACAGAAACUUUGGUCCUGAAGAUCCUCGAGUAUUCUCAAUAACAAAUGAUAAGGCUCAACAGGAAGUAUUGGUGAUUUAUAGUGCUCAAAAGGAAGACGGCCAUAGAACAAUGAAUAUAGCGUGGCCUUUAGAAGAAGAUGAACAAACAGGGUUAACAAAAACAUUGGAACUUCGUUAUCCAAGAAAUUACGGUUUGAUAGAGAAGAACUGGACUCCAUUUGUGGAUCCCACAUUAAAAGGUGAAAAUGGGGAAGAUAUUGUGGUCAGCUUUGUGUAUGACUGGCUGAGUUUACAAUUAUUAAACUGUCAUUUAAAAUCGGGUAAUUGUGAGGUUAUAUACGAGGUAUUUUCGCCAGUUACAUCUCCAGACCUGCUCCAUAAUGUUAGAAGAAAUAAGGAGGUUAACAAGGAAUUCGGUGAACUACGUGGAGGUACUCCUUUAAUUCAUUUUCCCAACAUUCCUUCUCGGGUAAAAACAUAUAGAGGGACUCAAAUUUCCGAAGUAUGGGCAGGUUUCAGUAGGUAUCAUUUAGAGGAUUGCGGUUGUGGGGUUAACUUAUACCGUCCCGCAUUGGUUGUGUUGAUAAAGGAUUCAAAUAAUGAAUAUCUAUUGGCUCAAUUAAGUUCAGCAAUUGAUUUUGAUUUGAAAGUACUUGGUUGGAACUUGAAAGAAUCAUGGAAAUAUUGUGAAGGUUCAAGUGCUUUGAUACCUAAUGGUAUAAGCCGUUGGAGAUAUACAGAAGAUGUCGAUGACAUGUGGCUCACUUUUUCUAUGAGUGAUGCUACAAACUUUAGGAUCAAAAUUGGGAACUUGAUGCAUGAAAUUGAAAGAGGAUUAGCGUACGUAGGAGACUCGGCUAAAGUCUCCUUUGCAGUCGAGAAAUCAAAGGAAUAUUGUAGACUUUAUGGUGAGAAAUACAAGCUCACUAAAGUCGUUAAGUUUACUCCUGAGAAGAACGUUCCUGAUAGAGUUAAAGACUUUAUGAAGCUUGAAGGUAGUGAAGACCGUGGUACUCCACCACCACAACAAAAACCUGCAAAAAACGCUAAGUAUUUAGAAAGUCAACCACCUUUUGAUGGUAAGAAGGUUGUUCUUUAUCCUACUAGUUUUAAAGGGAACCCAAAAAAACAUUUCGAAGAUAAUUUCGGACUGUUUCCAAAGGAAGCAAAGAUUCUAAGUCUAUCUAAAUAUGAAUCUCCAUUAAAGACCAACCGAUACCACGAGUACAAAAUACCUCUUUAUCAUGCUUUCCAGGAUAUUAAUCCCAAAACUCAAUGCAGAAAGAUCAAGAAAGACCUUAAGGUACAGAUCAGUGAGCCCAUAGCAAAGGAUGCUGAUAUGAAGAAAAUUGUCAAGAGUAUUUUACAAUCAAAUUCCGAGUAUCUUGCCGAAUUCAAACCCUACUUUGCUGAGCAUCUGGAACAAUUGCUUGAAGAGGACAUUAUUGAAACCUUUUGGUAUCGAUUUGCUGGGACUUCAGUUUGGUUAGAAGAAUAUGGGAUUCAUUUGAUGGUAUCAAGAGUUCUUUAUUCGAUGGAAGGUGUUCGCGACCGGCCAAUUAUAUCAUUUGUUUAUGCACAAGCCUUUGAUAGUAGCUGGACAGAAUUAGAAGAUGUUGAUCUCAUCAUACCUGAUUCCCAUAUGAAGGUGACAUACCCACAAUUUGUUCCUAUCCCCACUUUCCAUGAACCAGUGAAGAAUCAGGUCACAUAUUAUGGUCCAGAGGAUCCUCGUAUUGUCUUGAGAAGAAACAGUAAAGGACAUUUAGAACCUAUUGUAAUCUUCAACCAAAAGCAAAGAGAAAUUUUUAAGAAGGAAGAAGGUGAAGAUGAAAAUGGUGAAAAGGGUGAAUGGGUGGGGUUCGAGAUCUUUAGGGCCAUGUACGUAUGCUUUCUUUGGCAAACUCAAAUUGGUAAACUGAAUGUGGAUCCAUUGGCUACAGAAUAUGCUUCACAACAAUAUAGUCGUAUUGUUGAGUUAGACCGGUUCCAUAGUGAAAAGAAAGAGGCAGAGAAGAACUGGACUCCAUUUUUCUCUUAUAGAGAACGUCAAAAGCAUGGAUUUGAUAAGGCAAUCUAUUUUGUUUAUUCAUGGGACAAAUUUGAAGUCUUGAAAUGUGAUAUCCCUACUUCAUCUGAUCAUUCAUUGUGCAAACUUGACUACACAAUGGACAAAGAUUUAAUUGGCCAAUAUCGAAGCGGCGUUCUUACUGACAUUCAAUUGAAGUCCAGACCACUUUAUGCAGAAGACCUUGAGAAGGAAGAGGAGACACUUUUGGUUGGUCCAAUGAGAGGGGGUACUCAGUUGGUUAGUAUUAAUGAACUUUCAGAUAGAUAUGAGCUUCAAUUGGACCUUGAACAUGAUUAUUGGUUAGCAUUUGCUCGUUCAAGAUUGCCUUACUGUGGUUGUGGGAGAGCAAUGUAUAGACCACAUCUUGUUUUGGUUAGAAAGGAUAGGGAGACCUCACAAUAUCAUAUAACUCAUAUGUCACUGUUUCUACUGUUUGAUGUUGAUAUUUUACCUUGGAAUCCUACUGAGCCUGAGAAGUUAUGUGGAAAAUAUCCAAACAUUCUUCUUCCUAAUGGAAUCUCAGAUUGGUCAUUCACCGAACGUGGCGAUGAUUUCUUGACCCUUGCAUAUACAAAUGCAGACUUGAGAGUUGAGAUGAUUACUAUUCGGGGUUUAUUAAAGACAUUACAACGGAUUAAUUCCUUUGAUCCGAAUAAAUCGAUAACUUCUGAGCAAAAUGUUGAAUGUGCCAUAAUGAGAUCAAUGGACUUCUGUAAAGCGUAUGGAGACAUUCACUUUUCGCCAGAUGAUUAUAUUGAAGCAUUUCCUCAUGCCGAUUCAGCAUGA